AUGUCUCCUGCACUGCGGCUCCCGUCUCUUCGUAUAUUGGCAAAACAAACAAAUGUCGAAGUGACAGCUACACCAUCGUUGAACAUCGACCUUCCGGACAAUGAGCAUUCUAUUACGAAUGUCAACGAUCUCUUGUCGUUCGUUCAAGACUCUCAUCUAUGGAUCACUCGGUCGGGUGCCUGUCGCAUUCAGAUUUCAGUUGCCGUGAAUGGCCGUCCAAUACUAGAGAGUACCCGCCUCGAAAGUAUCGCCGAGGCAGUUAGUAACUGCGAGGUUUGGGAUCGUCUGGGAAUUCGUCUCAACUAUGACAGAUCAUGUACGGUCGGGCUGCCAGGACUCCUCUCUUUCUCCCUCCAGCAUUCCGAUCUCUCAUCGGUUCUGGUAGCUCCGUCAUCGGCGUGGACUACCCCGUUUCGAACUCUGUUGGUAGCGAUCGAUGUCUGCAAACUAGGCAAGCGACAAGAACCUCCUGGGAAGUCUACCAGAACAAGCAAACGUCGGAAGAAUACGACCGAGCCGGCAGAAAAGGUUGAGCCUCGUUCGGCGAGCGAUCUGUUGGAGACUCUAGAGCCAGUAGACCAGCAAGCUAUUGAGAACUUCAUAUCUAGUCUCAACCUUCCAUUAAACGAGGGUUUAGGGAACUCGCCUCAGGCGCCAGUCCGGAGUGAAAGUGCUACCUACAUCGAAGACUUGGAGAUCUUGCGCUCCUCAUCCCUGAUAGACAUUCUCUUUGAGCAGUUAGUUCUGGGGCGGGAGAAAACAUACAGAGGGUAUCAUGUCUGGGGCUGCGAGCCAAAAUACAGUCUCGUCAACUUGGCGCCUGGUGUUUUCCACAUGCCCUAUCUUAAGAAUGUGUCAGAUCGUGCCCAAUUACUACCAAUUAUUGCGACAUCGAUAGCGCGCAUGCAGUAUGCCGAAUCUCCAGCACUCAGACAAAAGGUGGCCGACUUACGAUUAUGCAACAAAUCGUCUGCUAAUGUGUAUAACCAAGAAGUAGACUGUGUAGCUGCCAUUGAGAAAAGUGCAUGGGAGGUACUUCUUACACAUGUACAACUCCCAUUACUGGCCAACAAGAGAAGAAACAAGAGGCCAGCACUUCAUGACACAAACCAGCACAAUUCAGAUCAAGGAAUUGUUACUGCAAGAUAUGAACAGUUUGUUACAGUGGUUGAAGGAGGUUCACCAGAAGCACGGGUAUGCGAUAAGCAGGAAAGUCAGGAGAAUACAAGGAUGAAGGUAAGAUGGGACGCCAUGAACAACUAUCCAGACACGGCGAAGUAUGGAGAGUUCAAUGAGACAAAUCGUGAUCCGAACCCCAACCUUGUUGGUACGCAUCACGAUCCAUGGACCAGCUCAGUCCACAGCCCAGUCUCCCCAGAUUGGUCACAACAGGAACUCGGCGGGCCGAACUGGCUAGGGGACGAUAUGGCAAUGGCGAAGCCCAUCGAUGAGGUACCCAUUGAGCAAAGUUAUGGGCAUAUAGGUUGGAUAGGUCAGAGUGAGAAUGUAGUGUCAGAGGAGGGUAUAGCGGGUGAUCUGGUCAACUUCCAAACAUUGGACCAUUGGCUCAUUUGCAAUAAUGAGAUAUAA